CAAGUUAUCUGAAGACCUCUUUUGGAGUAACUGUGAACCACGCAUUUAUAAUUUGCAAGUUACGGCGAGUGCAUCGUGUAUAUGUGCUAUAAGCAUUUAUUUAUCAGUCGACUUUGUAAUAAGCAAACGUGAUAAAACCGGAUAAAAUUUGAUUCGCACAUUACAAUCGAUAGGUUUGUGCCAGAAUGCUGUGUACAAAUCCCGGGCAAUUUCAUAGAUAGAAGAUGUUUCACUCACGUGUUUGGCAUAAAAAAUGUUUUCAUUACUUAGUAGCCUUCGUAACUACGUAUUUUUUCAUUUCUACCGAUGGCAUUAUUCCUGAAGAACAGCUGACUUUAUGCGGCGCGAUUAAUAAGCGCAGUUUGGUGUUUGUCAGUACAUUAGAUGGGAAGAUAUCCGCACUUGACGCUGGCAAUCAUGGACAAAAACAAUGGACUUUGGAUUUUAAUGAAGGACCAAUGUUGUCAUCCAGUAUUCAUAACAAAGAACUUAACAAUAAUGGACAAUGGAUACGUCUCAUCCCUUCUUUGAAUGGUGGCUUGUAUAAAUUUGAUGGAGAAACUUUGGAAUCAGUGCCAUUAUCGACUGAUCAAUUAUUGUAUUCAUCAUUUCACUAUUCUAAUGAUUUAGUCUUCUCAGGUGGUAAAACAUUGCAUACUUAUCGUGUAUCAGCUAGCACAGGAAAGCUUUUAUAUGCAUGUCAUGUUGCUGAAUGUAGGAACAAUACAGAUCGUGAAGAACAUUUAGAAUAUGAUGUACUUAUUGUUCAACGUUUCCAACAAACUGUACGAGCUAUAGAACCUCGUACAGGUAAUGAAAGGUGGAACUUUAGUGUUGGACAACAUAAUCUAAUGUUCACAUCUCGUGAAAAUGAUCCUAAUAUUCUAGACAUAGACAUCAAAGUGGUUAUUUCAGAAGGCUUGAUUUGGGCUAUUAAUAAAAGCAAUCCUACUGUUAAGUUGUGGCAACAUCAGUUUGAUGUACCAAUUGUUUCAAUAUGGCGCGAACACACAUCCAAAACUUCUAUAAAUGAAGGAUCUCUGGAAGAAAUUAAUUUAUUUGAUGAUUCUCAGUGGAUCUGGAGAUCUGCGCAUACUACAGAUCCAAGUUUAUAUUUAGGCAUGCAUGAAAGGCAAUUAUAUGUGCAAGAAAAUUCCAAAUUCCUUAAUUCAUUGGAUUUGACUGACAACUAUGUUAAAAAUACUAAAUAUUCUUGGCAACCGCACCCAGCAGAUGUGACAGCUCUGACAAGCCCCUUACCAAAAGAAAGUAAUGAAGUUUAUAUUGACACAAGUGAAGCACACAGCGCAACUGCAUUGUCUGUGUUAUAUAAUUCAGAUUAUAUUAAUGGUAAUGGAUUUUUUCUGUAUUCAAGCGAUCAUCUUGAGAAAAAGAUUGAAGAUAAUAUUAUAAAGAAUAACAAUAACAUCAGCAUAAAAGAAACUAUAGAAGAGGAGACUAAUACACCUCAAAUUAUAGUAUCGUUUUGGUAUUGGUGGAAAGAAGUUUUAAUAAUAUCAAUUACAACUGCCUUUGUGGUGAAUUUUUUCUUAAACCAACAUUUAUUAAAUGUAACAAAUGCUACUAAGAAUACUAUACUUCCACCUUUAAUAGUAGAAGGGCAUAUAGAAACCAAAAGAAAUGAUUCGAUUAAUGAAAGCGAGAAUGUGAAUAAUUUUAAAUCGCGUUAUCUAACAGAUUUUGAGCCAGUUGAUUGCUUGGGAAAAGGAGGGUAUGGUGUUGUCUUUGAAGCCAAAAAUAAAAUUGAUGAUUGCAAUUAUGCUAUCAAGAGAAUUGCUUUGCCAAAUAGCCGAGAUUCAAGAGAGCGCGUAAUGAGAGAAGUGAAAGCAUUGGCUAAAUUAGAUCACCACAAUAUUGUCAGAUAUUUUAAUGCUUGGUUGGAGUGCCCUCCUAGUGGAUGGCAAGAGGAACAUGAUCAACAAUGGAUUAAUAAAUUAAAAUUGUCAUCUGCAUUCCCUUCAGAAGUAACUCACACUGAAACCAAACCUAGUGAUUCAGUGUACAUCAAUGUUUCUCAAACUGAUCCCUCUUCUGUAGACAGUGCCUGUGAAGCUUUGGAAUUAAAUAAUGUAGAUAUGAAUGACGAUUCACUUGUUGUAUUUGAAAUGUCAAAUGAGAAGCAAUACGAUAACGAUGCAGUUUGUAUUGAUGCUUGUAGUACUGAUAGUUCAAACUUAUCCUUUUCAAAUAAUGAAGCUGAAAAGGAAUUGUCUAAUAUUAAUGAUACUAAUGAUCAUUCUGAAAGCAUUGUGUUUGCAGAGACUGAUAAUAAUAUUGUUCAUUCCGAAAGCAUUGUGUUUGAAAAAACAGAUAAUAAUAUUAUAAUAGAAGAGAAAAAACACAAACGUCAAAAGUCAUUUUCUUUAAAUUUGAAUAAAUCAAAUAAUCAUAAAUCAGCAAAAAUGUUCCUAUAUAUACAGAUGCAACUGUGCCAAAGACUCAGUCUCAGGGAAUGGCUAAAGCAGCACAUAAUAAGAGAUUUCACUCGAGUAUUAAAUAUUUUCCAGCAAAUAGUAGAUGCUGUGGAAUAUGUGCAUUUACAAGGAUUAAUUCAUCGAGAUUUAAAGCCAUCAAAUAUAUUUUUUGCUUAUGACGAUAAAAUAAAGAUUGGCGACUUUGGCCUUGUAACAGCAAUGACUGAGAGCCAUGAUGCGACUCGUACACCUUCAGCAGAGAAUGAAAAUGUCACUUUAAAAAAUAGUAUACAUACUGCAUGUGUUGGUACACACUUGUAUAUGUCACCAGAACAAAUUAAUGGCCAAAUGUACAACUACAAAGUGGAUAUUUAUUCUUUAGGAAUAAUUUUCUUUGAACUUCUUAUACCAUUUUUUACUGAUAUGGAAAGAAUAGUUGCACUUUCGAAUCUAAAAAAAUCGAUUUUUCCAAAAGAUUUUGCAGAGAAAUAUUAUGCUGAGUAUAAUUUGCUUAAAAUGAUGUUGGAUAAAGAUCCUGCCAAACGACCUACAACUUUAGGUAUUAAAGCAAGAGCACCUUUACAAAGUUACGAAGUAGCUAGACUUAAUAUGGAUAAAGAUUCAAAGUGGCACUUUGAAUUGCCACAAUUGCUUAGAAAUUUCUCUGUGACCAGCAGUAGUAGUAACAGUAAUAGUGAAUCAUCAGAAAAUAUAAUUUAAUAAUGAAAGAAAAUUACAGUUACAAAUAUU